GAAGGCACGCACGGCCCCGCCCGGGACAAAUGCGAAGGGCACCGGUGCGGCCGCCAGCCCAGUCUUCACGUACCCGGCCGCGCCGGAACCCAGGCCCGGCUAAGGGCUUCCCGGCGGCGCGGGGCCUAGUCGCCCCCCGCACGCCUUCAGUCUCCCGGGGGACCCACGGAGAAAGGGCCGAGGCCCCAGAGCUUCGGGGUGCCCGCGGUGGCUGCGGUGGCCGCGGUGGCAGGACGCUCUGUCCGCCCGACCCGAAAGCAGGCGCCAGGACCCCUGGGCGGCGCAAGCAGGCGAGCCCCGGACCGCGGCGCGCCACACUCACCGCCUCUCCAUGGCCCGGGGGUCGUCACUCAGCCGAGAGCCUCCUCCACAGCAGGGCUCCGCCGCGAAGCCUCGCACUCCUGAGGGGGCUGCGGUUUCAGCGGCCGGGGACGAGGCCCAGCGCCGCUCCAGCCGCCUCAGCCACGCGGGGCUGGGGGAGCGCGGCCGGGGGCGCAGCUUACGGCGGGACGACCGAGGCGCUGCAGGCGGACGGGCUCGGCGAAGCCUCGGGCGCCGCGGUGGCCGCUUCAGCCGCCCGCGCCGCUGGGCCACAGCGCCCCCUGGACCCCACGUCCCGCUACGGCGCCGGGACUGCGGCGGCCGCACCGGGCACGAGCGGCAGGGAACGCGAGGCAGCGCGGCCUGGGGGUGGCGGGGCCCGGUGCGCCUUGCGCCGCCCGCCCGCCUGCGGCCGGUGGCCCGCCCCUGACGCGGCUUCCCGGGAGCCGGAAGCUGUCGGCUCCCCCCACCCCACCCCCGUCAGACCCCAGCACCUUUUUCUUCCCUCCCGAAGAUAAAGAAAUAAUCUUUGACCUCAACUUUUUUGGAGCUACUGUGCAGAUUCACUACAGAAAUUGGCUACAGAACCCCUUAACCCCUAACCUUCCCCACAAAAUGGGGGGGAGGGGGGAAACAAAAAAAUAAACGCUGACCAAAAGAAGAGAAUAACCAACGGGUUGUCCUGAAAUUGAUAAACAACUUAAAGAAACCAGCUCAGAAGGUGAUUCAUCCUCACAACAUCGCUAUGAAUUCAGUACCUUGGUACCACCGAAGGACAUCCAACAUAAAGAAAAGCUGCAAGUAUAUCCCAUAACCAUAGGGGUCUCCCAUCUGAUAGCAAUCUUUUCUGAAGUAUUAAAACAUUGUUAGAGUGAGUUACUAUGGAUAUCAUUUGCUCUUUAGGAUGGGGCCCUUUAAUUUAGACCAGCUUGGCAUCCUGACAUUGGCACUGUCCUUUCCAAGCCCAGCUCACUGCCGCUGCAGAAAACCUACAUUUGUUUGUGAAUAGUCAUGACGUCUAAGGGUGUAGCUACAGCGUGAAGAUGAUUCAUUUGUUCCCAGGGCCAGUUUCUUCUUGCCUCACACUUUCUUCCCUUCUAUGCAAACUCUUGCUGAGGGAGGCUGCUUGAUAGUAGCUUGCUUAAAAUCUGUUUGUCAUAUGCUGGCCAGAUGGCUCAGUGGCUAAAGGGCCAAGCUCGGUGAUCUGAGUUUUAUCUCUGGAACCCAUGUGAUAGAAGGAGAGAACCAACUACAGGAGGCAUGCAUGCGCCCAGUCAGUCUCCUUUUGUCUGCUCCCGUUUCACCCACAACUGUUUCUCCUCUUGCUUCCUCAUUUUACUCUCAGCUCCUGACCUGUCUCUCACCUGCCUCUUUUCUUCUACCUCAAGCCACUUCAGCUUGCAGUCAGUUGUCUUGGUCCUGCCACUCUCGGUAUGCAUUGAUUUCCACCACUCUCCAAUGACUAUAAAGUAUAUCAUACUCCCUGGUAGAAGUCCCCACUUUCAUUUGUUUACCAUUGACAUCCUGUAGAAAGUUAAUAUCGUAAGAAUGUUUUCAAGGAAGCUUAGAAUCAUCUUCAAUAGAAUUUUCUUUGCUCUUUAAACUCCGAGUGAAGCCAGGCAUGCUCUCCUCAUCCACCUGUAUGUAUAUCUGUUUAUUUCAAAAGCCGAGGCAAAGGGAUCACUAUUGUCCAGGAGCUGGGAGCCAGUGUAGGCAACAUGUCAGUAGUCCCAUCUCAAAAUUUUAAAGCGGGGAGGGAGAUAUCCAGUGACGUCAUCGUCUCCCAGCUGCCUAAUCCAAAGUCCAGAUUUAAUUGUUAGCGCUCACUACUGG